GAACUGAUAAGAGAACAUCAGCGAAGGGAAAGUGAAGAUUGCAGCAUAGAGAUUUAUCAUAUGUACAAAUAUUUUUCUGAAAGGGCAUGGAGGAGUUGAUUGCAGGGAAUUAACUUGAAAAUUGUUUUACAGAAAAAAUCUUUGAAAAGUCUUAUCUUUUCUAGACUCGAAAUGGCUGCUGGGAAAUAUCAAGAAUCCUACUCUUCAUGGUUUUCUUAUUGUAAAUAUCAAGUGUUCUUGAGUUUUAGAGGUGAAGACACCCGCAAGAACUUUACCGAUCACCUCUACAAGGCCCUGGUUGAUGCAGGGAUUCACACAUUUAGAGAUGAUGAUGAAAUUCGGAGAGGAAAGAAUAUAGAGCUGGAGCUCCAGAAGGCAAUACAACAAUAAAAAAUAGUGAUAAUCGUGUUCUCCAAAAACUAUGCUUGGUCGAGAUGGUGCCUCGAUGAACUUGUGAAGAUCAUGGAACGUAAGAGGAAUGCUGACUGCAUAGUUUUCCCAGUAUUCUAUCAUGUGGAUCCAUCUGAAGUCAGAAAUCAAACUGGGAGCUUCGCUGCAGCAUUUGUGGAACAUGAAAAGCACUACAAGGAGGAGAUGGAGUGGGUGAAUGGGUGGAGGAUUGCUUUGAAGGAAGUUGCAAAUUUAGCUGGAAUGGAUUUAGGAGAUGGGUACGAGGCACAGUUUGUCCAAUCUAUUGUGGAGAAUGUCUCAAAGAAUUUGGAUCCAAAAAUAUUUUAUGUCCCCCUUCAUUUCAUUGGAAGAGCUCCUUUGGUACAAUAUAUCAACUCAUGGUUGCAAGAUGGAUCCCAUGGUGCUGCCAUUUCUUUACUCUAUGGAAUUGGUGGAGUUGGAAAGACAGCCAUAGCUAAGAGUGUUUUUAACCAGAACUAUUAUAAAUUUGAAGGAAAGAGCUUUCUCUCAAAUUUUAGGUCAAAGGAUAUAGUUUGCCUACAGAGGCAACUUCUUUUCGACAUCCUAAACAAGACUGUUGAGAUAAAUGAUCCUGAUGAAGGAAUUCUGAAGAUUAAGGGUGCAUUAUGUUGCAGAAGAACUCUUAUUGUUCUAGAUGAUGUGGACAAAAGGGACCAAUUCAAUAAAAUCAUUGGCAUGCAAAAUUGGCUUUGUAAAGGAAGUAAAAUAAUUGUAACAACCAGAAAUAAGGGUCUGUUCUCAGCUAAUGAUAUUCAGUGGAUCCGGUACAAAGUUGAACUGCUAGAUGAUGAAAAAUCACUUGAGCUUUUCAGUUGGAAUACCUUUGGACAAGCUAACCCUGUUGAUGGUUUUGUGGAAGACUCUUGGAGAAUAGUACAUCAUUGUAAUGGACUUCCAUUAGCUCUUGGAGUUAUUGGCUCUUCAUUGUCCGGAAAAGGAAGAGAAAUAUGGGAAAGCGCAUUAAAACAAAUGGAAAUGAUUCCUAAUUUUGAUGUUCAAAAGGUUCUUCAAAUAAGUUACGACUCUCUUGAUGGUGAUUAUCCGAAGAACUUAUUCCUUGAUAUCGCAUGUUUCUUCAAUGGAAUGGAUGUGGAUGAUGCAGUUAGGAUAAUGGAUGGGCUCGAUAAAGGUGCAAGAUUUGGGAUUGACAAUCUCAUCGAUAGAUGUCUUGUUGAAAUCAACAGUGAUCAAAGGUUGUGGAUGCAUCAACUAGUAAGAGAUAUGGGUAGGGAAAUUGCUCGUCAAGAAUCACCCAAAUGUCAAAGAAUAUGGCAUCAUGGGGAUGCUUUUACUGUUUUGAAAGGAACUACUGAUGCUGAAAAAUUGCGUGGCCUUACCAUUGAUAUGCAUGCAUUAAUGGAAUAUCAUUAUGCAGAAGUUGUCUGUACUGAUUCAAUGGUUUGUCGCAAGCGCCGCAGGCUUAACUUCUUUCAACAAUGGCUUCCCGAUUUUUUCGAUGGGGGAAAAUUACAAACUGGCCAAACAAGUUUGUUUCCCAUCCUCAGCACGGAUGCUUUUAGAAAUAUGUCAGAUGUAAAAUUUCUCCAACUAAACUACACUAAUUUUCAUGGAAGUUUUGAGCACUUUCCCAAGAAUUUGAUAUGGUUAUGUUGGCAUGGAUUGUCUUGGAGCUCCAUACCAAAUCACAUAUGCUUGGAGAAGCUGGUGGUUCUUGAUCUAUCCAGAAGCUGUCUAGUUGAUGCUUGGAAGGCAAACCGAACCCCAGACUUCUCGGGUCUCCCAGCCCUUGAAAAGCUAAUACUUGAAGACUGCACCCGUUUGGUUCAAAUUCACGAAUCUAUUGGUGAUUUACAAAGAUUGUUGAUCUUAAAUCUAAGAAAUUGUACAAGUCUUAUGGAGCUUCCAGAAGAAAUGAGUAGAUUGAAUUCACUUCAAGAGCUGGUUUUAGAUGGUUGCUCAAAUCUUAACAGCCUGAAUAUGGAGUUAGAGCAUCAUCAGGGGCGCAAGUUGCUUCAAAGUGAUGGAAUUGUUGCAAGUACAUCAUUCAUUACAUCUCUUCCAUUGAAGCUAUUCUUUCCCUCUAGGUUUUCAACUAGGAAAAUGUUGAGAUUUACCUCGUUUUCACUGCCACGCUUCUUGGAGAGUCUAGAUUUAAGUGGAACUCCAAUUCGUUUUCUUCCAGAAAGCAUCAAGGAUCUUGGUCUACUCAGACACCUAUAUUUAAGAAAUUGCAAAAUGCUUCAAGCACUCCCAGAGCUUCCAUCCCAUUUGGAUUCGUUAGAUGUGUCCUUUUGCUAUUCACUGCAAAGACUUCCAAAUCCAAACAGUUGGACUGAAGGAGAUGGUUGUGAUCACUUAGUCGAGUUCCAAGAUCGGAUAAAGCAAGAAUUAAUGCAAAAUUAUGACUCUCACAUGUUCAGAAUAAUAGAAACGGUUUGUGCUCAAAUACAGACAUCGAGAUUUCAGAUAACAUUUAUGGAUGGCAUAUUCAACGUUGCCGUAUCUGUAUUUGAUGAAGAUGAGAUGUUAAGGGGGUUUUAUGAGGAGGAAGAAGAGGAUAAAUGGCUAAUUCAGAAUGAGUUUGUAGAUAACUUUUCAUUCAAAAUAUCCUCACCUCCUGCGCACCGGAUAUGGGGCUAUACUCUGUUCACAAGGUUUUGUAUGACGUCAGAGUACACUCUCUUAGAUCCUUUUUAUAUUAUAAUCAGAAACAAUACCAGUGGUCGAUACUUGCGUUGUCAAGCCUAUCUCCAUCCCGUGAGUUACAAGCGUGGUGUUCGUGAAUUCCAAUCGUUUAUGCACAGGAAAUUAGGGGGCGAUGAUCCUACAUUUGAUAAUGGUGAUGAAGUGAGUAUUUCAGUGUGUCGAAAAAAACAAGCUAUCCAAAUUAGGACGAUUGGAGUACAAUGGUUGCAUGAAGAGGAAGCUGGAAAGGAUGAUGAUAUCCAAUCAAAGGAUGGAGUUAUCAAUGCCCACAACACUAGCGAUGAUGAUGAUGAUGCAGCACACGUAGCCAAAGUAGAAAUAGCUUCUCGUAUUUUUAGAAAUUAUUAUUGUGGUUUCUAUUGUAAAUCCAAUGAUGGCAAUAUCGAUCGGUGGUAUAAAAUUUAAAAAUUAAUUUUAAUUGAAAAUUAUCAAAUUAAAAGAUAGAAUUAAAAUUCAAUAACAAAAGCGGAAAGCUUUUGAAAAGCUUAUCAGGAAAAUAGUUUUGUAUCUCUAGUAAUCUUCCUUCUUUCUUUGUAUAGCAUGAGAUCUUUUAUUAAUAAAUAUUUGUAAUGCCUUUCACUUUU